CGAGACACGCGUGGCUGUAUGAAUUUAAUUAUUUUUAUUUAGAACGUCUAAAAGUUCCCCUUAUCAAAUCUGACGUUGACAUUCAAAAACGUGAAAUAUCAACCUUACUGUCAGAUUACAUGAUAAAUCAUUUUGAAACUAAAUACAAUAUAUCAAAUAUUUUCGUUACAUUCCCUGUACAAUACGAGGAGAAAAUGACUGUUUUAAACGAAUUAAAUGUACAAGAUGCUUUAUACAUCUUAACUGCCAGGAUUAUACUGGCGAAUAUUCCAGCGUAUGGUAAGCCUCCUCUGCGUGCGAUGUAUGUCAGUUUAUUAAAGAAGCAGAGAGCAUAAUGAGCAACAAGGCAAGCAGUGCCAGUAAAACCGUUGUUACACGGAGUAACAAAAACAUAUUGGAAAACAAUCAUCAUUUGCCAACAUCUGCAAUACCUCCGGAAGGUUACGUUUUGUAUGACAAUUGUAACACCUUGAUUGAAGUUAAGGUAAAAACGAAGGGUCAAAAGCGUACAUCUACCAUGGUUAGCAGUAGCCCGAAUAGCCACAAAGGUGGUGUAGGAGAGAAAAGAAAACCCAGCUGCAGUGGUGAUACUCAAUCCAAUUGGGGAAGGAUUUUAAGAGAACAAAAUAAAUCAGCUAUGAAACAAGGUCUGCAGCAGUUGAUGGUUAAAGGACCAGGCUCAAAGUCAUCAAAACUUACUAACGAAACUAAAGAGACCAAGAAGUCUGGUGUGAAUCAUAACAAGCAAGAUCCUAAACAUUUAGAUGAAAUCCCAGUCAAACAGUCUGCAUCUCAGAAGAGAAUAGAGGAACAUACGAAAUUGACACCACGCACUGGAAAUCCGUCGAGCACGUCAAUUCAAAGCAGUGUGGAAUCUGUUAUAGUUAUUGACAAGGGAGUGCAAUGUGAUGUUUUGUUUGACCCUGAUGAUAGAUUUGGCGUGUACAAUCCUGUUCGUACAUUAAGCUUCCUAAUAAAGGAACUAGAACACUUAGUUAAAGAUGAUAAAGCUAGUAAAAUCCUUAUUAAUAUGGAACAAGCACUAUUUAGAAUACCCAUCGAAUAUGGCAAAUCGCCUGGUGUGGAUAUGGAAGCUAUAGAGCUCCGCGGUAAAUUGGAAGCGACGACGCUUCAAUUAGAAAAAAUGAGUAAACAAAUGAAUUUGACCUGCGAAGCAUUAUGUGAGGAAAGAGAUUCCUUGCAGCGCCAAAUACAAAAACAAGUUGUACUAUUAAAUGAAGGAAGAGAAAAACAAUCAGAUCUGGAAACGACUGUGAAAGCGUUAAAACAAGAAUUGCAAGAUGCCAUAAAAGCAAUCGAAGAUAAAGAAAAAGCAAUAGCUAGUUUAACGGAGGAGAUCAACGAUAAUUUUUCUCAGAAAGUUAUAGCGGAUUUGAGAGCGAAUGUCGCUGAACAGACGGAACUCGCGAGGCAGAGACAUUUGGAGGUUCAAUAUUUAAUGCUCGAGAAAGAUAAACUUCUCGUUUUAUCGUCGUACAAAGAUACAUUGUUAAACGAACUCCGUAACGCAAUCAAGGAGUUGCAGAGUCAUAUCGGAGACCAAUUAAACGGCUUGAAGGAUAUCUACAAUCACGCAGAAACUGCGAAUCCACAAAUUUCGUUGGUACACGGUGGCAUAGCGUUCUCAUCGCCCACCUCGACCUCGUCGCACGAUUCGAUCGGACCUACCUCUUGGCAUGAUAUAUCUGACAUUUCUCUGUCUACCGUGGAUCACGAUCCGCCGAAGGAUAAGAAGCAAUUCUUGCGGGUACCAAAUAGUAUGCCCGGUAGUUCAGAAAUUCUGAUCGAGAAUUCGGAAAAGAAACGAACGAAGAAUGUCAAAGAAUCUCCGACGAGAGAUUCUUCCAAUAUGGAAUUCAUUAGUUUACGGGGUGGAGAAUCCUCACUCACACUUAUGCCUUCUUACAAGGAAAUGGGUUACUCGGAAAUUAGUAAAUCUGUUAACAAAGAUAAGGAAGGUGCGGUAACGUUAAGUAAUCAAAAGAAUGAUAAUGUACGUAAUUAUAAAAGUACCGAUAAUAUAUCGUUGGCGAAAGACUUAAAUUCUGAUAAUGUAAACGAGAAAGAAUCGUCUAAGAAUAAGAGAUCUGUGGAAGUAAAUAAGAGACUAAGCUUCGGAAAGAAAUCUGUUGCCGAGGACGUUACGAACAUUCUAAAAGAUAAUUCGCCGCAUCAUUUCAUAGGUUCUACUAUAACAGAAGAGUUUCAGAAUAUUUUUCAAGGCAUAAGAAUUCAGAGUAGAAUGCCAGUGAACAUACCAAGCCCGCCAAGGAGUUAUCCGCAUCCAGAAUGGAGCGAUAGUACCUUACCCAGUAUCAGCACUGCGUCCGAUUUAAAUAUGGUACAAGCGAACGAUAUAUAAACCUCCUCGUAAAGAAAAAGGAGAAUGCUCAAACUUGCCGCUCAAUCAACUUAUUUUUUUAAUCAAACAGCUUGGUUUUAAGAAGCAUGAAAAUUAAAUUAUAUUUUUAUGAUCUCAACGAUUUUUAAUAGUAUAUUUUUAAAUAAUAAUUUACAGGAGAUAUACAUGGUAUAAACUGUAUUAAUCUUCCGGCUAAAAGUGUAUUUUUCCACUAAUAUUAUAUAUAUAUACGAUUUUAAUUUGUAAAUCCACAUAAAAUUUGUACAGAAUAAUAUAUAAUUUAAAAAAAUAUUGUUUUUAGAUACAAGUUAUAUUAUUGAUUGAUAGAGGGGAGAUUGUAAAAGUUAUGUGUAACAUUCGAAUUACACGCAUUUGAGUGUACAUAUUACGUAAGUGAAGAGAAUUUCAUAGAGUAACACGGUGCCGUCAAUACCAAACUGUACAAUAAGAUAUUUUUGAAUUUUCUACCAUACGAAACUAAAUCGAGCUUCGCUAUUUAUGCGAAUGAUAAUUUAUGAUAUAAUAAUAAGAAUGGACAUUCCUGAAAAAUUAUUUACUUGAUGAUUGAAUUAUAUUUUAAUAAAAAAGAUGAUUGCUCGUUACGGUAAUGAAUAGCGUGUGCGCCAUUAUUUGUAUUUCGAUCUUCCUUAAUAUUAACAAAAAUUACAAGGACACAAUAUAAAUAUGACAUGAAAAACCAGGUGUAUAUAUAUAUAUAUUUUUUAUCACAUAUGUAUAUAUACAAGUAAAGUAUAAUACUUAUAUUUUGUAAGUCUUAAUAGGAUUAAAAGGGAACAUUUUAGUACACGUAAAACAUUCAUCAAUUUUGCACAAAGACGUUUUGAAGUACAUAUACAUGUUUCCCGGUAAGUAUGUACGUAUGUACCCUAUAUUUU